AUGCCCCCCGGCGACGCGCGCGACGGCGCGUCCGCGCUCGACGUCGCCGCGCGCGCGGCGUCGCGCGCGGAAGACGACGCGUGGGACGCGCACCACGACGCCCUGCUCGCGUGGUCCGUCGCGGACGGCCGCGACGGCGCGUGCAACGCGCCCUGGCGCGCGACGCACGCGGGACUCAACAUCGGCGCGUGGCUGCAGAACCAGCGCGCGAAGCUAAGGGCGAAAAAGAUGCCGAGGGAGCGGGCGACGAGGCUGGACGCGCUGACGGCGGCGGGACGAUUGUGGAUCGACGCGCCGGGACGGAAGGGAUGGAACGAACAGCUCGAGAAGCUCGCGGCGUGGGCGGAAAAGACGAACGGAGGGGUUGAUUAUAACGCGCCGGUCGGGACGACGCACGAGGGGGCGAAGAUCGGGGCGUGGUUGGCGACGCAGCGAACGCGGCGAAGAGACGGCGAGAACGCGCGGCGACCGCUCAAGCCGGAGCAAGCGGCGGCGCUGGACGCGCUCGUCCUGAGGGGGGUGCUGAGGUGCGAGAAAGCGGAUCCUUGGCCGAGGAAGUGGGCGCUGGUGCUGAAGUGGGGGGAAGAGCGCGCGAACGGGGAGCACUUUAACGUGCCGUACGAUUACAAGGAUGGCGACGAACGCGUGGGGGUGUGGUUGAACACGCAGCGACAGCGGUUCCGCGGAGGGACGACGAAGAAUUUGCCGCUCACGCCUUGGCAGACAGAGCAAAUGCAAGCGAUGAUCGACGCCGGUAAGCUCUGGGUGCACGCCCCGGACGACGUGUGGGAGAAGAAGUUCGCGCUGCUCUUGCGAUGGGGCAAAGAGAAGACGCGAGGCGUCAACUACAACGUGCCGCAGGGCGAGGAGUACGAGGGCGUCAACCUCGGCUCGUGGUUGAGCACGCAGCGCGCUCGACUGUUGCACGAGACUCUCGGGAAAAACAGACCGCUCAGCGAUGACGAACGUCGAAAGUUGCAGAAACUCAUCGACGACGGCAAGCUGCGACCGUCGACGCCGCGAGGCAAGAACGCGGCGAAGGGACAGGGCAAGCGCGCGCCGCGAGGCAAUCUCGACGACGUCGACGCCGCGCUCAACGUCGACCUGCCGCACACGUCGAAGAGAGGACGUAAAACGUAA